GAAGCUUGGUUAGGUGGUUAAAUCCAAGUAUAAAUGUUGAUUUUCUUUUCACCGUCUUUUACUCUCUUUAUGACUCUGUGUAAAAGAAAUCAGAAAAUAAUACACAGAAUGGCAGCUGAAGGCAACUCCGAAACCCCAAAACUGUCACUUGCAUGGCACAUGCGAUUUUCCAUCUCUUUGUUCGCAGCUCUAAACGACGUCGCAUGCCGCUCUGACGGUACCAUCAACCGCCGUCUCCUCAAAUUCCUCGACCACAAGACCAAACCCAGUCCCCUCCCAAGUAACGGCGUUACUUCCGAAGACGUCACAGUCGACGCCGCAAAAGACGUCUGGUUCCGACUCUUCACUCCCUCAACCCCCGUCGCCGGCGCUACACUCCCCGUCCUCAUCUUCUUCCACGGAGGCGGAUUCGCGUUUCUUUCCCCGGCCUCCUACGGCUACAACGCAGUCUGCCGGAGAUUGUGCCGGAGACUCAACGCCAUCGUUGUCUCUGUGAACUACCGCCCAACGCCGGAGCACCGCUACCCCUGCCAGUACGAUGACGGAUUCGCCGCCGUGAAAUUCCUCGAAGAGAAUCCCUCUGUCCUGCCGGAAAAUGCUGAUUUGGCAAAAUGCUUCCUCGCCGGCGACAGCGCCGGCGCCAAUCUCGCACACCACGUGGCAAUUCGGAUCGCACAGUCGGAGCUUCAGAAAGUCCGGGUCCUCGGGUUGGUAUCGAUCCAACCGUUCUUCGGCGGCGAGGAGCGGACCGAGGCAGAGAUCCGGCUCGGGAACAACGCCCCGCUUGUUUCAGUGGCGAGGACCGAUUGGUUGUGGAAGGUGUUCUUACCCAACGGGUCGGAUCGGAACCACGGGUCUGUGAACGUGUCGGGUCCAAAUGCAUUGGACAUUUCGGGUCUGAAUUACCCAAAUACCCUUGUGUUUGUGAGCGGGUUUGACCCGUUACAGGAUUGGCAAAGAAGAUACCAUGAGUGGUUAAGGAAAUCAGGUAAAGUGGCUCAGCUAAUUGAGUAUCCAACUAUGUUCCAUGCCUUUUAUUUGUUCCCUAAUGUGCCUGAAUCUUCUCAAUUGAUCUCACAAGUCAAGGAUUUCAUCACCAAGGAAAUCUCCAAUUCUGAAUAAUGAUCAUUGUUAUAAUACAGAUAUGAGUUUAGUUUUUAAGGUUAAUGGUCAAAAUAAUCACUUCAAGAUCACACGUGUCAAUUUGGUUAUUUAAAGAUAUAAUAUUGAUUUAAAUUGGUCCAUUUCUGUGCGUUAGAUUAUAAUGUGAUACAAAAUGAUUUAUAUAUCAAUCUAACUCCCGGAUAUAUCUUUCAUGACCAAUUUGAGGCGAAUGAUCUUUUUAGUGACUAUUUUGACAACUAACCCUUGGCUUUUAUCUUUGUUGAUAAAUCAUGAAAUCUUAUUAGUUACUAUUCUGUAGAUUAGUAUGGUAUUUUCUAGCUGUAGUAAAUGUCAAUGUUAUUUGAUCUUAUUUGUGAGAAACUCAGUUGAUAGAAAUUAGUAAAUUCUAUGUUGUUUUA